AUGGGCAUCCUCCUACAACCUCUCGUUGACUACCAUCCAUGGAACCAGCUUGGAACCUUGACGACACUAUUACUCGCUUCUCUCGGUGCUGUAGGACUUUUGGCUUGGCAUUUCCGCGAAGAUAAGCCGUACGCGGGCUUCAAAUUGAUCGGCAAAGAACGAGGAGAAUGGUCAUAUGAGAAGGCGAGAGAAAGAUGGAACAACAACGCCUUCGAGCUCUUGCGGGCAGGAUUCAAAGAAACACACGGCCGGCCAUUUCAAGUGAUAUCCCCGUUUGGUCCCUUGGUGAUGCUGCCUCCGAGUCUAUGCGACGAAGUUCGGAAUGACAAACGCUUAACAUUCACCGGAUUCAUCGACCGACAAUGGCUCACGCGGUAUCCCGGCUUGGAUAUCCUGCAAGAUGGGCUUAGGGGAGAAAUCAUACAAGAAGCCAUGCGGAAGAACCUCAACCAAGAACUGAUGUACUUGACGGAGCGACUCCGCGAAGAGGCGUCUCUCAUCCUCAGAGAACAACUCCCGUCAAGCAAAGAAUGGCAAGAAGUCAAAUUCUUUCCCGUGGCCACUCAACUUGCUGCACGCUUAUCUGCAAAGAUCCUCCUCGGGGAUCGUCUCUGUCGCGACAAAGAGUGGAUAGCAGUCUCCAUCAACUUCACCGGUGUCAUUCUCCGCGCAGGCCGAGCUCUGCGCGCCUGGCCUGUUAUUCUCCGCCCACUGGUGCAUCGCUUCGUGCCGACGCUGAAGUACCUGCGAAGUCAAAUCACGCAGGCACGAAAGAUUAUGGAGCCGGAGCUUGCGGCGCGAAGGCUCGCGAGGGAUAAGAAGGAAAGACCUAUGGAUUCAUUGUCGUGGAUUGACGAUGUUCGGCGCGGGCGAGAGUUUGAUGUCGUCGCCGGGCAGCUAUUUCUCACAUUUGCGGCGAUUCACACGACGUCUUCUGUGGUGACUGCCAUAUUGUAUGAUUUACUGGCGUAUCCAGAGUAUUUCACUCUGCUGAGAGAAGAGAUUGUCAAGGUGUUUACCGAGGAUAGGGGUUGGAGCAAGAACAGUCUGUUCAAGUUGAAGUUGAUGGACAGCUAUAUCAUGAACCGCAGAGUCGAAGAGGCCAUGACCCUCUCUGACAGAACCCACCUCCCAAAGGGCACCUUGAUCACCGUAGCCACACACAACACCCGCGAUACAGCACUCUGGGGACCCGAGCCCGAAAAGUUCGACGGCCACAGGUUCCUGCGUAUGCGUGAAGAGCUGGGGCAGGAGAACCGGUGGCAGUUUGUCUCGACGAGUCCAGAGUUCCUCGCCUUUGGCCAUGGAACGCACGCGUGCCCGGGACGAUUCUUUGCCAGCAACGAGAUGAAGAUUGUGUUGGCGCAUCUAAUCAUGAACUACGAUUGGAGGAUUGUGGAAGGAAAGCCCCCGGCAAGCAUGUUCGUCAGUCGCUUUGUGCCGGAUCCCAGGACGAUUAUUGGGUGCAGGGCGAGGACCCCAGAGAUUGAGCUGUGA